GACCCCAAUCUCCUCACCCAUCACCACCACCUUCAACUCACUACACUGCUUCUGGCUUCUGGGUUUUUGAAUUUUGAGUUUGAGAGAGUGAGCAGAUGGCCAAGGAAGUGAGUGAAGAAACGCAGCCUGCCCAUGGGAAGGACUACGUUGAUCCACCACCAGCUCCUCUCAUUGACACGGCUGAGCUCAAGCUUUGGUCUUUCUACCGCGCUCUUAUAGCUGAGUUCAUAGCCACUCUUCUUUUCCUUUACGUCACUGUAGCUACUGUAAUUGGCCACAAGAAGCAAACUGACCCUUGUGGUGGUGUUGGGCUUCUGGGUAUUGCAUGGGCCUUCGGUGGCAUGAUCUUUAUUCUUGUUUACUGCACUGCUGGUAUCUCUGGUGGUCAUAUUAACCCUGCAGUCACUUUUGGACUGUUCUUGGCGAGGAAGGUGUCGCUGAUUAGGGCAGUGGCCUACAUGGUUGCUCAGUGCUUGGGUGCAAUCUGUGGUGUUGGGUUGGUGAAGGCAUUUAUGAAGCAUUCAUAUAAUGGUCUUGGAGGUGGUGCUAACUCUGUGGCUCCUGGCUACAGCAAAGGCACCGCUUUGGGUGCUGAGAUCAUAGGCACCUUUGUGCUUGUCUACACUGUUUUCUCAGCCACAGACCCUAAGAGGAGUGCACGUGACUCUCACGUCCCUGUGUUGGCUCCACUUCCAAUUGGAUUUGCUGUGUUCAUGGUCCAUUUGGCAACGAUACCGAUCACUGGUACUGGUAUUAAUCCUGCUAGGAGCUUUGGUGCUGCAGUUAUCUACAACAAUGGCAAAAUCUGGGACGACCAUUGGAUUUUCUGGGUUGGACCAUUGAUUGGAGCACUUGCAGCAGCUGCAUAUCAUCAAUACGUAUUAAGAGCAGCAGCCAUCAAGGGUUUGGGAUCUUUCAGGAGCAACGCCACCAACUGAGAAAGAAGGAGAAAUUUCUUGAUUUAAUCUCUAUAUUUAUUUGUUUGUGUGUAUUAUGACUUCAAUUUUAAAUAUUUGUUUAUUAGUUAAGAUAUGUGGGUUUGUAUGAUUAUUAAUCUGAGUAGAUUUUGCCUCUUUAUUACGCAA